GGCCUAUGGGGGCAAGCUUUAGGACCAUGUGAGCCUGAUUCACAUGGUAACCUCCACCCCAGAAUGCCCUUUCUCCCCACUGCAGAGCAUGGGGAUGGGGGGAGUGGAGAGAACCCUCCCUUGCAACAGGGGAGCGGACAAUAGGUGAAUUGAAUUUCCUUCCCCCUCCCCCGCACCCCGUAGCGUGGCGCCAUGCUGGGGCCUGCGUGUGCCAAGGCCAGGGCCUGAGGAUUUCAGGACCCAGGCCAGCGCUCCCCGGCAGCAGGGCAGGAGCCAGUCUGAGUCUGCAAGCCCCGCCUUGGAGUCUGAGCACUCGCGCCCAUCCGUCAUCCUUGUAGAGCACUGCAACUUUAUGCCUACGCAUAAAAACUAGAGGGACUCGUCCUAGAGUUUGCUGCCGCCGCCGCUGCCAUUAGAGCGGUUUUAAUUAGCUGCAGGAUUUUUAAUGAGCUGAAAUCAAGAAGAGCCCCAUCUCAGAAGUAAGCGAGAGCGGCGCGCAGGGAACUAGUCUGACAAAACAGAAGGAGGUGGUGCUCUCGGGGGACCGGGCUGUGGGCUCCCACCAACCGAUGGAUCGGCGAGGAGCAGAUGAGUUCCCGAGGCCAGGAGGCUGAGGAGGGAAGCCGGGGCUCAGGGGCCAGCGCCCGGUGCAGAGUCCCCGCUGCUGCCACCGCGGCAGAAGGCACGGUGCCGGAUUCAAGGUGACGGCAGUGCCUGGCUCCAUUCUCCUCAAGUUGCCAUAGCAGCCUCUCUCCCAACAAGCAGCUUCUCCGGGAGCCCUCAGCCGGGAGGGACGUCAUUGUUCUCUCCUGACCGUGUGGUGCAAGGAGACCCACCGGACAGAGAACUUUCCCGAGCCCGGGGUCCGCUGACCACGUGGGUGCACGCAUGCUGUCUGGAGCCAGGCACAGGGACCGGUCCUCACGGCCACAGGGGGUCCUCUGGGCAGCUGGGGGGAGCGUCCAGGCCUGGAAGCAGCCGCAGCCAAGCGUGUCCUUGGAGCCGUCCGUGCAUCUGUCCGCCUGCUGCCGGUCGCCACUGGAGACCUUGGCCUGAUGGAUGCCUGGUGUGGACGAUGAGGGAAGAACGUGCCUCCCACACCCGAGAGGUGACCCCGGAGCGAGCCCUGGAUGACCCAGCGACCCGGAACGAUGCGGCUGGCCUGCAUGUUCUCAUCUGUCCUGCUGUUCGGAGCUGCAGGCCUCCUCCUCUUCAUCAGCCUGCAGGACCCCACGGAGCUCACCUCGCAGCAGGCACCAGGAAUAAAGUUCAGCAGGCCACGGCAGCCCCACCCUGACCUCCCAGCAGGUGGCUCCAAGGAUGGUGACUUGGAGGUACCCACAGAGAGGGUCUCUCGAGACUUGUCCAGCCGGGCCCCGAGGGGCCUCACCCUGCCGGUGCCUGACCAGCCUCAACCCCUGCUGCAGAGGGGAACCCGUCUGCGACUCCGCCAGCGCCGUCGCCGUCUGCUUAUCAAGAAAAUGCCAGCUGUGGUGACCAUCCCGGCCAACAGCUCGGACACGCCCUUCAUCAGGCCGGGACCCAGAACCCUGGACGGCCACUGGAUCAGCCUGCACCGGAGCCAGCAGGAGCGCAAGCGGGUGAUGCAGGAGGCUUGUGCCAAGUACCGGGCGAGCAGCAACCGCCGGGCUGUCACGCCACGCCACGUGUCCCGUAUCUUCGUGGAGGACCGCCACCGCGUGCUCUACUGCGAGGUGCCCAAGGCCGGCUGCUCCAACUGGAAGCGGGUGCUCAUGGUACUGGCCGGCCUGGCCUCGUCCACAGCCGACAUCCAGCACAACACUGUCCACUAUGGCAGCGCCCUCAAGCGCCUGGACACCUUUGACCGCCAGGGCAUCUUGCAUCGUCUCAGCACCUACACCAAGAUGCUCUUUGUCCGUGAGCCCUUCGAAAGGCUGGUGUCUGCCUUCCGCGACAAGUUCGAACACCCCAACAGCUACUACCAUCCGGUCUUUGGCAAGGCCAUCUUGGCGCGGUACCGGGCCAAUGCCUCUCGGGAAGCCCUGCGGACGGGCUCCGGGGUACGCUUCCCCGAGUUUGUCCAGUACCUGCUGGACGUGCACCGGCCUGUGGGUAUGGACAUUCACUGGGACCACGUCAGCCGGCUCUGCAGCCCCUGCCUCAUCGACUACGACUUCGUGGGCAAGUUCGAGAGCAUGGAGGACGAUGCCAACUUCUUCCUAAGCCUCAUCCACGCGCCGCAGAACCUGACCUUCCCCCGGUUCAAGGACCGGCACUCGCAGGAGGCAAGGACCACGGCCAGAAUCGCGCACCACUACUUCGCCCAGCUCUCGGCCCUGCAACGGCAGCGCACCUAUGACUUCUACUACAUGGAUUACCUGAUGUUCAACUACUCCAAGCCCUUUGUAGAUCUGUACUAAGGGGCAGCGCGCUGGGCAGGGCCACCCUGCCCCAGUCACUCACCUGUGCUCAGGCACCAUCCUGUUCCUGGUUCCUCAUCCUGGGAGCUGAGAGGUCCCCCGAGCAACAGGGCUCUGAGGAGCCAUGGCUGGGGGGUACAGCAGGGCACAGGUGGGGGACACGUGCCCAGCUUUGGAUGGGGGCCCCUGGCCUGGGCUUGUUUCCUCACUCCUUGGCUGAGGGAGAUGCUGAGGACAAGGACAGAUACCCCCAAAGCUCAGCCAGCAGUUGCAAUGAGCAGGGAAGUCUGAGGCCCAGAGGAUGGGGCCCCAGCGAUAAGGGAUGUCCUGCACUCCCUUAGCCAUUGCCUUGGACCAAACCACAUGGUUUGCAGCUUUUCUACGAGCCGGGGGAGGUUUCCAUGGAUUUAGGUUCCAAAUAAAGCACAUGGUUUCCAGAGCA